AUGGCGUCCCAGAGAUCCCAAGGGACAUCGAGUCCUUCCGCUUCGUCCGUUUUUCUUCCACUUGGUCGACAGUCCAGACGGAACUCGCUUGCCUCUUAUAGCGCACAAGCUGAGAAGGACAAUCUAAACGAAGCCCUUGACCAAAUCCACAAUGCUGCCUGCCAUUCAGACACGCUCACCGUCUUCAACGACUUCGCCACUCCCCCUGUACCUUCUUCCGCGGUCGAUAACAAGGCUGGCGUUGUUGGAGAUUUACAAGGUGGACUAAGCGGGUUGUAUAGCCUUUUUAGGGCAUCUGUAGGAGGAGUAAAGGAAAUGGUUGGCAGUUCGACCAAACCUUCCGAUACUCAAUUGCCUGGUCCGCCGAUGCCGAAGUCAUCAUCCGCCCAGUUGAAUUUGCCAGUUUUGGGCGCUGCUGACGACCCGCUGUCUCCAUCAAACUCAGCAUACGCUUCUAAGACGCAAUCGCCCAUUCUUGGCACGUUUCCGACACAGCCCGAGGGAAUGACGAGUUUCUCCGCCCUCAAAUCUUCUAAGCUAUCUUCAAAAGCACCUAGCGUGUCCUCAAAGUCCUCGAUACCGUCAAGCACCGCGGCUAAGUCCUCUAUCGCCCCGCUAACCAAGGUGUCACCUUCACCAUCGGUAGACCCAGCAAUCAGCGAGGUUAAUGUGAGUGUGGCCAGGCCUGGUGCACACCACACGCCAAGUAACUCGGGCAGCUUCUCAACAAGUAUUGUGACUUAUGCUGAUUCGACAGCGUCUGGCCGUGGAGAUGGCUCCUUGCAGAUUUCUUCCCUUCAAUCAUCACAGGAGUUAGGAGUUGCUGCGUUUCCUCGACCCCAAGAAGUACAGAAGAACGCGAGCAACGAUAUGUUUGAGGGGCGAGACCGGACUAUCCCUGGAACACUUCUUCCAUAUAGAACUUCGUCUUACGAGAAGGCACAGUCCCCAUCCAAAGUCACUUUAACCGACUUUGAUGCACCCUUUGCGCAGCCUCAAUGGAAGGAGAAAGAUGCCGAACUCCGUGGUAGAAGCGAAAAAUCCCUUACGGGCAACUCCAAGGAUUCGUCACCCGUUCAAACUUCUUUGACGAAUAGCAUUGCAAAAUUUUCUGCCGGUGAGAGCUCAGUGAAUGAAUUGAGAACUACAACUGCGGCUACCUCAAUAUCGACCGCCGAAAGGGACCAAUCAUCCAUCAAUUCUUCAAAGGCAUCUUUUACUAAACCUAUUCCACGAAUAAAUCAAAAUCGCCUUCCAGGGUAUGGCCCGCCACUGAUAAUGUCCCCAGGGUCACCAGCAAAUCGUUCGGCGACUGCAGCUCCACACAUUUCAUUUGAUACUCCAGAACCGGUUCGCGUGAGUCACGUCAGUGCAAAAGCCUCGAAUCACCCACAAAAGGGUAGCACCGUGCCAUUCAAAAGUAAACUACUUGGUAGAGAAUUUUGGAUGCGUGAUGAAAAUGCUAAAGACUGUUUUCAUUGCGGCGACCCUUUUUCAACCUUCCGAAGGAAGCACCACUGUCGUACUUGUGGACAGAUAUUCGACUCGAGAUGCACUUGUAUCAUAUCUGGUGCUCCCUUUGGCCACUCUGGCUCCGUGCGUGUCUGCAAACCAUGCGAAGCAGUGAUAAAUGCCCAUGAUUCCGACUCCUCUGACUUUAGCAGCGACGAUUUGAGCCAGAUGGCAUUUAACUCUCGGUCUUCUGAAGGUCUAGAUACGUCCGCCAGAGCGUUAAAUAUGGCUGACGAAGAUGAUGCAUCAUCUAUUGUGUCUCAAUCAGUCGACCAAAUUUUAAGAGCCCCAACAAUGGCUAUCCCGGCCACUCGCCGUACUACGGAUGGAAACAAUCGCCGAUCAGCUAUUCUUGAAAUAGAAUCUGAUCGCCCACUCACAAGGCCGACCUCAUCCAAGUCAUUGCGGUCUUCACUUAAUGGACGAGCUCUUUCCGUGUCCCAUAAACGUCAUCAAUCUCGGUCUCAAUUCGUUCGCGGCAUCAAGUCUUAUCAUGAGGAUAGGGCCCCCUUCCAACGCCGAAUAGGGGAGGACAGCAAUACUAGACUACAUGCGUUUCAUAGGGAUAACAUCAUUGAUCCUGAUUUGGCCCAGUAUCUUUCUGAUGACGCCUCUAGUGCUGAGGAGCAACCGAACUUGUUCUCGGUAGUUUCUGAUAAUGGCCUUUCUAAGAGCGCUGGAGAUAGUGAAAAAGCAACGUUCGGGGGCUUUCUCGCAGCGGUAAAAAAGAGCCGCUCCCGAUUAGGUGACAAGUCUGGCCAAGGUGUCUAUUUAGGCCGAGACGCCGAUGAUGCUAGCCUUAGUAGCUCAAAAGCUGUGAAUUUGGGACGUUCAACAAGACGCCGGAACUUGAGUGUUGCAGGCAGUACUCAUCAGCGUUUAUCACCAAGGGCUUCCAAGGAAACGCCGUCGGUUGUUCAUUACUUUCAGGAGCAUAAUAUACCGGUUCUCCCUGCGCCCCCAAUACCUGGAGGGUUUAAGAUGACUAGGAGCUCAUCAAUGCGAGGUGCAGGUGCCCCUCCGAUAGAACUUAAUCGCGCCAGCCUCCAGCAUGUAAGAAAGCUUCUUCGUCAGCUUUUGAAAGACGCGUCUGUUCCCCACUCACAUAGCUGGGAAACUGCCUUACUACCUAUUCUCUUAAAAGCCAUAGAUGAUGUUGAACCAGAUGUCCAGCAUGGCGAUGAUAUGGAUAUCCGCCAUUACGUUAAACUAAAAAAGAUACCCGGUGGUCGUCCAGGUGAUACAUCUUAUGUCUCUGGACUUGUUUUUACCAAGAACCUAGCUCUAAAAAGUAUGUCAAGAAGCAUACCACGACCCAACAUCCUCAUCGUAACGUUUCCUUUGGAAUAUGCCCGACAACAACAGCAUUUCAUGAGCUUGGAGCCCGUGAUACGACAGGAACGUGAAUUCUUAGAAAACCUUGUUGGAAGGAUAUCCGCACUCCGCCCCAACGUUCUAUUAGUGGAGAAGAAUGUGUCUGGGUUAGCCCUUCAGCUCCUAGAGAAAGCUGGAAUUGCAACUGUUUACAAUGUGAAGGCCAGCGUCAUUGAAGCCGUGUCUAGGUGUACCCAGACCAGAGUUAUGACAUCAAUGGACAAACUGGUUGCGGCUCCAGCGUAUCCUGGCCAAUGUGGCGGCUUUGAUGUCAAGACAUACGUUAAUAGUGGCCGAAAAAAGACCUAUAUGUAUAUUUCUGGAUGCCCUAAGGAAUUGGGCUGCACUAUUGUUCUUCGAGGUGCUAGUAGCGAUGUGCUUGUGAAAAUUAAACGAGUUACAGAGUUCAUGGUCUAUGUUGUAUACAACCUAAAGCUGGAAACCUGUCUUAUGCGAGAUGAAUUUGCAAAGAUUCCGACAUGUGGUGACAAUUCCUUGCUGACUAGUGCUCGCCCACCUGUUUCUGCCACCAAUAUGCCCGAUAGCGGUGCUCUUGAAUCAGGAGAAGGCGCAGCCUCGGAUGCUUCGCAAAGCGUAAAUGAUGUCACUCAAAACGCCGGACUCUCUGAAACGCCACUUGAACCAAAAACAGUCAGAGUUGACGUUCCGCAAGAUACUUUAAACCCAGCCUUCUAUGAGGACAUGGUAGAAAAGCAUCAAACAAAAAUACUCUCUGCCUCCCCUUUCGUCCAGUUUCGGCAACCAUACCUUUUGAUGCGUGCGAGAGAAUUAGAAAGACAGCUUGCAUAUCUCAAAAGACUUCGGGAUCAGGACUUUGCAAAGCAUACACCAAGCGAGGACACCGGAAAGUCUCAAAAAUUUGUCCUUAUUACACCUGAAAUGAUACACGAGUCACCCUCCGGUGCUUCAUCAAAGGUGAAAGAAGUCUUACAUGCAGUUCAUGACGCGGAAUAUGAUAGGGCUUUGUAUAACUACCAGACACAAAAAAGGCAAUGGGAAGCCUACAUAUCUGGGAACGUUAAUCUUUUCGAUCCAUAUGCGCACCAGAAUAUUGUUGUUUUAUACAGCUUAGUUUGUACAACUACCUCAAUCCCUUGCUCUGGGCCUGAUCUUUUUGCUCUGGACUUUUACAACGACCAUGGGUCCGAUAAAAUUUUUGAAGUCGACUGUACGUUGGGCCAAUACGUUGAAGAUUUAUGCCACAAUGCAAAUGCCAUUUGUACGGCAAACGGGUGCGAGGAGCGUAUGUUUGGGCACCAUCAGCAAUACGUACACGGGGAUGCCCAAGUCAGCAUUUUUGUUCAGCCAUAUCCAUCUAAACUUCGUGGCUUGCAGGAUAAGAUAUUAAUGUGGAGCUGCUGUAAAAUUUGUGGCAACGAAACCCCUGCGAUGCCCAUGUCUGAAAGCACAUGGAAAUACUCUUUUGGGAAGUAUCUCGAACUGUCAUUCUCCAGCGCGGAUCUACAUAUUAGAGCUGGCGUUUGUCCUCAUGACUUGCAUAGAGACCAUUUGAGAUAUUUUGGUUACAAGGAGGUUGCACUUCGCAUCCAGUACGACUCCAUUGUUCUCCUUGAAAUAAUAGUUCCACGCCCGCGAGUGACGUGGAAAGUGGAUAACGAUCUCCAACUUCGCAAUAAAGUCUUUUCUAAAGCUGAAGAGCGGCUAACGAGGUUUAUGAGCUCGGUUAAAGCGCGGUUAAGAGGCAUUAAUGUUGAUAGUGUUGUCCCUGAAAUGGCCCAAUCCUGCAAGAAAGAAGUGGAGGUUUUGAUGAAGCGAGCUAAUGAUGAGCAUGCUGCAUUGAUCAAACAACAUCAAGAGAUGUACAUGAACUCAAGAUACUGGGAAGUGAUCCCUCUGAACCGCGUAAUUCUGUGCAUGCAGGAAAAGGUCGUUGAGUGGGAUGCCACCUUUGCUGAAUUCGAGCGCAAUUACUUCCCUUCAGAGAAGGACAUCAGGCGAUUAGCAACACUUCAGUUGAAACGAAUCUUCCUUGAUAAGGACGUAUCAGUUACUUCACUCACCUCAAGCGACGAGAAUGUAGCAACACCCACAGAACCAACUGAAUCAGGGGCAGUACCCAGUAGCUCUCCAAGUCUGGCACGACGCAUGACCUUAUCCCCACAGCAAGCAAAGAGCGUUCUUGCAUCCGUUGUGGAGGAGCAUUCUGGAAAACCCAGUAAGAGCCGAAACGACGAGGAGCUAUCACCUCCAUCGACACCUAGAGGAGGGCCAACGCUACUUCUGCAAACGCCUCAAGUUUCUCAGGGGGGGGUUCAACAUUUGGAUUUGGCUAUUUCGGAUAGUAUUGCGGAAAGGCUCUCUCCACCGAAAGUGGAGUCCAAUAAAUCUCCUGAACAAGGAGUAACAAGCCCUCUACCUUCCCUAGACAGCAAUGUCAUUACAAAAGACGACUCUGUGGGAUUUGAAUUGCCUCUAAUUCAGAGCGAGACUCUGGAGAAGCCAAAACCUGACAAUCCUGAGCCUGUCACUGAGCCUUCCGGCCAAGGUGAUGUCAAAGCUCGCCAAUCGGGGAUUCCGCGGCCUUUACCUGAAAUAUCAUUUCGCCAGCGAUUUCGGGCACGGUCACCGCCACUCCUUAGGACGCAAUCUCAACCUGCUCAUCUUCAAAAGGGGAGGGAGCCUUCUGGGAAGUUCACACUCAAAAAUGCCGAGCAAUAUCACCUUGCUACACAGAAUGAUACCUCGAACGAAGAUUCCAAGCCUAAAGCAAAUGAAAAGCGACUGUCGGAGCGUCUUGGACUCUCUUCUCUUAAGUCUAGCAAGCUUUCAUCCGGCCCUUCACUAAUACCUCGUUCGGUCCCAAAAAAAUCGAACUCGAAGGUAUCGUCCCUCGCGAAGCAUUUUGAGCAGCUGAGUCGGGAAUUCGAGAAAGAGCGCCAAAAGGAACGAAGACAGCGGGCUGCACAAGGGAAGCAAUCGCGGGCAUACCCGAUGGCAUCUUCCAACCCUAUCAUGCAGGUGUAUAAAAGUGUCAAGGAUGCCGUUGAUCCUUCUGAUGAAGACUUUAUAUCGAAUGCGCCUUCGACUACCCCACCGAAAUCUAUGACGCGUGCUGAGGAUGCAGAAGAAAAUGAGAACUUCCGGGAACAGCCGCAACACAGUCUUGAGGAGCAACAAGAAGCAACACAAGAAGCUGACCAAAGGCCCUCGGAGGAAUCAGUACGAGAAGAAACUCCAUCUGAAGCUGGCGAUGGCGAGCAAAGCGAAAGUGAAAAAUGCCUACUUGAAGACUUACACUCGGUUGAGGAUGCAAACGCUAUUCCCACCGAAGAAAUGGCUAUGGAACUGAAGGAGUUACCAAAACAUGAGAGGAGCUCUCUUGUUAAGAUGCUUGCGAACUUUUGGGCAGAGCGUUCUGCUAGUGGCUGGGCACCACUUGACUAUCCGUUGAGUGAUACAGACCAUGUGUUUGCUGAUUGUGAUAUUAUUGUGCGGGAAGAUGAGCCAAGUUCUUUGGUCGCAUUCGCCCUAGACUCGGAAGAUUAUAAACACAAGCUUCGUACUAUUCAAGAGACUAACGAGAAUGUGCAGGCGGAUAUCGAAGGGGAGCCCAGGUCUCCAGAUAUUGAGCCAGAAGUUGAGCAGGCGCUGCUACGAAGCACAGGAACCCAUCUCAAGUUUCAGUUCCAAGAAGGCAGUGCGAGAAUGCUCUGCAAAAUAUUCUACGCUGAGCAGUUUGAUGCUCUUCGCCGAAAAUGUGGAGUGUCUGAACGCAUUGUGGAAUCCUUAUCCCGUUGUAUGAAAUGGGAUUCAAAGGGGGGUAAAACGAAAUCCCUUUUUUUGAAGACUUUGGAUGAACGCUUUAUUCUCAAGUCUCUGUCCACCGUCGAGACACAAGCUUUUUUGAGGUUCGCACCAGCAUAUUUCCAGAUUAUGUCUGAAGCUCUUUUCCACGAACUCCCGUCUGCAAUUGCGAAAAUGUUCGGAUUUUACCAGGUUAUCAUCAAAAACCCCAUUACUGGGGUAGAAUUUAACUGGUUUUUACUCCUCAUGGAAAACUUGUUUUACGAUCGCAAUCCCACCAGAAUAUUUGACCUCAAAGGCUCCAUGCGUAACCGAAAGGUUCAGAGCACAGGGGAACAAAACGAAGUUCUUCUGGAUGAAAAUAUGGUGGAGUUCAUUUAUGAGAGCCCUCUUUUCACCCGGGAGCAUUCAAAGAAGCUCCUCAGCCAGAGUGUGUGGAAUGACACCUUAUUUCUUGCACGCCAAAACGUGAUGGAUUACUCCCUUAUGAUAGCAAUUGAUGAAGGUCGGCAGGAGCUCGUCGUCGGGAUUAUUGACUGCAUUCGAACCUACACCUGGGACAAGAAACUGGAAUCUUGGAUCAAAGAUCGUGGCUUCGCAGGGGGCGGGAAGAAUCGACCAACUGUUACAAGUCCAAAAGAAUAUAAGAACCGUUUUCGAGAAGCAAUGGCUCGAUACGUCCUCCACGCUCCAAAUCCCUGGCACCAGUUCCAGAUUUCAAAUCUAGGGAGGCCGCUGCUUGCUGCACAAGAAAGUGACCUAGGUGACAGACACGUUGACCCGGUCCCCAACUUCAACACUCACUAA